UCCCGCACGAAAUGACGGAAAACAUUUAGUUUUAGAAUCAAGAAAGAAUGGCCUGUGAAAUUCCAGUUGUUGAUUUCCAAAACUUCGACUCCGCUUCUUUCGAUGAAGAAAAAUUGGAUGAGACAAAUCCUGACAUAAAAAAACUGUCGCAAGAAAUUCUUAGCGCAUUUACUACGGUGGGGUUUGUUUAUAUAAAAAAUCAUGGACUUCCAGAAACCGAGAUUCGACAAGUGUUCCAAGUUGGAGAAAAAUUUUUCAAGUUGCCAACAAAUGAAAAAAGUAAAUACUCCAAACCUCCAACAUCUAAUCAUGGAUAUGUUGCUGUUGGAGUUGAGACUACAGACCCAAGUAAACCUACUGAUUUUAAAGAAGCUUUUAAUAUUACGGAGCCAUUCAAUGAUGAGAUUCCCUGGCCUGAUGCUGGUGAUUGUUCAGAUUUUAGGUUUACAAUGAACAGAUUUUUUGACUUGUGUAAAAAUUUGUCACACAAAAUCAUGUACUUGAUCUCACUUGGAUUAAAGUUAAAGGACAGAAAACUGUUUCACAGAACACAUAAAAAUAUUGGAACACCAGAGAACAAGACAACGUUACGUCUUCUUUACUAUCCUGUGAUGACGCAAUUGAGGGCAGGUCAAGUACGAUUGGGUGAACACAGUGAUUAUGGAACAAUAACGCUUCUUUUCCAAGAUCAAAUUGGAGGCCUAGAGGUUCGUGGAGGCGAAGGAUUCAUACCAGCUUAUCCCAUUGAAGGAACAAUCUUAGUUAAUAUUGGGGAUUUGUUACAACGCUGGACCAAUGAUAGAUUAAUGUCAACAAAACAUCGCGUUGUGGUCCCACGUGAGGAGAUACGUCGUUUAAGUCCCAGACAAUCUGCAGCAUUCUUUGUUCACCCAGAUGAUGAUGCUAUCAUUCAAUGUUUGGAUGGUUCAAAACAUUAUCCACCAAUCACGUCACUGGAAUAUCUUUUGCAGAGGCUUAACGCAACAUAUUUGUAAUUUGUAUAUUGCAGCGAUAAAGAACGCAAUAAUGCAAAAUCAAAUAACACAAUAUUUUUUUGGAAAAUGACAUUUUAGGAAGCUUCAUGAUAAUCAGGUUGCCUGAUUACGCGUAGUUUUAAAGUAACUAUUUUAUUUGUAAUCGUAUACUAUGUAGUAGGUAUAUAAAAAAUAAUAUUGUUAUCAGGGACAGGGGUAGUAAAUUGAACCAGGUUCAGAUAGGUUCAUGCUUAUUUCACAUAUUAUAAAUCCACUAAGCAACUCAAGGUGUACUUAACACACAAGUUCGGUAUAUAAGUUUUUUAUUAUAUAGCACUAACUUGUCGAAAAAAAACCAAACUACAAGGUAAACAACGAAAUAUCUAUUCAUAAAAGACAUAAUUUCAAAUGGUAAACAGUCUAAAGGUCGAACGUCCAGGUGCGCCGCACGUGAUUAAAGUUACAUUAUAGUAGUAAAAGCAAUUUGAUUGACUAAUGGUUGACAGAUAAAUCGCGCAAUCACGGCAAAAUUCAGUUAUCUGCUAUUGAGCCUGCGGUGGUUAACAAGC